AUGGGGAUGCAGGGAGGUAAUGGGGUGCUUGGGACAACCCCAGCCCGGCCUCUGCCCACCCCCUGCCCAUGCUCCCCAGGGGCCCGGCCCUGCAGCCCCAAGUCCUUCGGCCGCGAUGCCCUGGUGUGUGUGUGCAACGCCACGUACUGCGACACGCUGGACCCCGUGGUGCUGCCGGCACCGGGCACCUACGUCAAGUACGAGAGCAGCAAGGCCGGGAAGCGGCUGGAGCGCAGCGAGGGGAGCUUCCAGCGCCGCCUGCGAGCCCCAGGGCUCCUGCUCACGGUCAACGUCUCCACCUUGUACCAGCGGCUGAAGGGCUUCGGGGGCUCCCUCUCCGAUGCCGCUGCCCUCAACAUCCUGGCGCUGUCGCCGCCGGCCCAGGACAAGCUGCUGCAAUCCUACUUCUCGGAGGGGGGGAUCGAGUACAACCUCGUCCGGCUCCCCAUGGCUUGCAGCGACUUCUCCACGCGCCCCUACAGCUACGACGAUGUCGCUGAUGACUACGAGCUGAAGCACUUCAAGCUGGCGGAGGAGGAUGUGAAGAUGAAGAUCCCCCUCCUGCACCGAGCCUCAGCCAUGAGCAAGCGGCCGCUGUUGCUCUAUGGCAGCCCCUGGACGGCCCCAGCCUGGAUGAGGAGCAACGGGGAUGUCCGCGGGAAGGGCACGCUCAAGGGGCAGGCGGGGGAUAAGUACCACAAAACCUGGGCCAACUACUUCAUCAAGUUCCUGGAUGAAUACGCCAAACACAAUGUGACUUUCUGGGCCGUGACGGUGCAGAACGAGCCCCUCGCGGCGCUGUUCACCGCCCCCAAGUUCCCCACCAUCGUCUUCACGGCCGAGCAGCAGCGGGACUUCGUGGUCCAGGACCUGGGCCCUGCGCUGGCGCAGAGCUCCCACCGCACUGGGCUCAUCAUCCUGGACGACCAGCGCAUCCACCUCCCGCACUGGGCCAAAGUGGUCCUGGGCAAUGCCACCGCUGCGCGCUACGUCGCCGGCAUCGGGGUUCACUGGUACCUGGACAGCAUCGUCCCCCCGCGCUGCAGCCUGGACGCCACGCACCAGCUCUUCCCUCACCACUUCCUGCUCUACACAGAGGCCUGCAGCGGGUUCCUCACCUUCCGCUUCUCCGUGUCCCUGGGCUGCUGGGACCGGGGGGAGCGCUACAGCCACAGCAUCCUCACGGUCCUGAACCACUUUGUGUCCGGUUGGACCGACUGGAACCUGGCCCUGGACAUGAAGGGGGGCCCCAACUGGGUCAAGAACUACGUGGACAGCCCCGUCAUCGUGGACAGCAGCAAGGACAUCUUCUACAAGCAGCCCAUGUUCUACCACAUGGGGCACUUCAGCAAGUUCAUCCCCGAGGGCUCUCAGCGUGUGGGGCUGCAGCGGAGCCGCUGGUGCCUCAUCUGCCAGCUCGAGCACGUGGCCGUCGUGCGCCCCGAUGGGGCCCUGGUCCUGGUUGUGCUCAACAGGUCUGGCUGGGACGUGCCCUUUGGCAUCCAGGACCCUGCCGUCGGCUUCAUCGAGACGGUGGCUCCGGCCAACUCCAUCCAGACCUACCUGUGGCGGCAGCAGUGAUGGCCGGGAUGGCGCUGGGGCUGGUGCUGAGCCGCGGGGGGAACCUCUGGGGGUCCCCCUGCGAUGAUGGAAGCUGCUGGUGAGCACUGCAAGGGGCUCCGUGUGCUCCCUGCGCUGCGCCCCUGCGGCUCCGGUGCUCCCCAGCCCCAGUGCUCCGUGUCCUGGCCCUCGCUUCCACACGUGGCUCCCAUGGACCCUUCGCGUGCGCCAAGCGGAGCCGUGACGCGGCCGCUCCGGUAUGCGCCGUCCCCGUCAGCGUUUCCUCUGCGCGCUCGGAACCAGCGCGGUUUUCCUCGGGAAGGGCC